CAUUGGAAGAGAUUACAAUCGGAUUUUGAAAACAAGCAGGUUGUGACUUGUGACUUUUUUUCUUGAAGCUGCCCAGGUUGUAACCCCCCUUCUCUCUCUCUUUCUUUCAAAUGAAUAUGCUUCGAUUAUUCAACUUUUCAAAGAACACAUUAAAGCCCAUGGAAUGGGCUAGACAGCUGUCAACAACUAGUGCAUGUAGAAAAUCAAAAAAAGUUGUGGGAGAUAGUCCUGAACCCCCUGUGAUGCCAGCAGUAGUAGGAUCCACCAUUCUUCAACCUAAAGAACUUCCCAACUCUCUUAAUCCCUACCUUGGCCGAUCUAUUGGCAAUGUGCAUAAUCCUAAUAUCGCUUAUCGUCGUUUAAACAAUAUUUUGAUGCAAAACAACGUUCGUAAGGAACUACGUGCUAAUCUUCGUUAUGAGAAACCUGCUGUAGCCAGAAGACGAAAGAACAUGGAGCGUAAUAGAAAGUUGUUUGGUGCUAUGGUCAGCAAGAAGGUUGCUCUCAUUAUGCAAAUGAAGCAAAGAGGAAUGUAAUACUACUAUCAUCAGAGUCAUUAGAGAGUGUAUAUUUAUAUAAUAAAAAAGAAGGAAAGAAUAAUACUUUU